CCUGAUUUUGUUAAUUUUUAUUUUAUUUUAUUUUAUUUCAUUUUAUUUUUUAUUCUUUAUUUCACGCGUGUAUAUUUUGGCAUAUAUAACUAGAUGGUUCAAUUACGCUUCUCGGCACUUUUAUUACUUGUUACCUAUUUAACUAGCACACAAGCAUUAUACUUUUAUUUGGAGGGAUCCGAGAAAAAAUGCUUUAUUGAAGAUUUACCAAAGGAAACCAUGGUUAUCGGUGUGUACAAGUCAGAACAGUUUUCUAGUGCUCAAAAUCAGUGGAUUGAAAAUCCUGAUGUGAAGAUUGAAAUUACAGUUGAAGAACUUCCACAAGGUCAUAAGAUUGUUGAAACUAAAAGUAAGUCCUCUGGUCGUUUUACUUUCACUUCAAUGGAAUCUGGGGAUCAUGCCAUCUGUUUGGCAGUUGUUUCUAAUUCUUGGUUCGACAGUACAAAAACCAGACUUACUCUCGAUAUGGAUUUUGAUGAUCCAACUGAUCAUCAUGAUCACAGUGCCGAAGGUGUUUCUACCUUAGUUAGAAGAGUACAUGAAUUAAACGAACGUGUUGAAGAUAUUCAAAUUGAGCAAAAUGCUCAACGAGUAAGUGAAAUAGGGGAAAAAUAGAGGGAAAAAAAACAGGCUACUAAAGUAAUUUUGUUUAACAGGAACGUGAAAAGGAUUUCCGUGAUCAAUCUGAACUUACUAACUCUCGUGUAGUCUGGUGGACAAUUGCUCAACUUAUUGUUCUUGGUAUCGUUUGUGUAUGGCAAAUGCAUUACUUUAAGAACUUCUUUACUGCGAAGAAACUUGUAUAAAAAAAAAGGAAAUAAACUAACCUCAUUUGUUAUUAUAAAACAAAAUUACACUUUAUUUCUAUACUGCAUGACUCACACUGCCUGUUCUUAUUUUAUAUUAAUAAUCUAUAUAUUAAACUUUGUUAAUAGGCAAUCAAAAAAAAAAAGGAC